UAUCUUUCUCUCUCUUCACUUUCUCUCUCUCUCUCAAGUCUCAAUACACAAACAAUAAUCUCUAUCCACAGUUUUUGCCUGUCACGCUCACUCUUUCGCAACACAGAUUCUCCAAUUUCCGUUUCCCACUCUCUCCAAACCCCAUUACAUGUUCUCCGCGGAGGUUUUCGGCGUCUUCGCCGUCCAUGGCGCCGAUGCCGCGCCUUCUUCUCAUAGCGUGGUGAACACUGUGAGGUUCCCAAAGGCUUCUUCCGCCACUCUCUGUCGCUGCAGCGUUGACUCAAAGUCUGCCGUCGGCGGUGAAGUUUUCUCGGUGACGCCGUCCGGCAAGUCUGACGUGGACUACCUUGGUGAGAGCACCAAAGGCGAUUUGAACGUUAAGUUGGAACACCUCGAAGCUUUUGGAAUUGAUGGUAAUGAUGCACUAGAAGGUCCAAUUGAGGAAGUGGCUAGGGCAGAGACUAUUGAAGCAGAAGAUUUGUUGAAAGACUUGGGUAUUCCGAGUCCUUCUUCAGCUAGAAAUUCACCUCGUGGAAUAUUCUGCAGCCGUACAUUGAACCUGCGGUCAAUUAGUGCCAUUGGAUAUGACAUGGACUAUACCUUGGUCCAUUAUAAUGUGAUGGCUUGGGAAGGGCGGGCUUAUGACUAUUGUAUGGAAAACCUUAGGAACAUGGGUUACCCUGUCGAUGGGCUAGCAUUUGAUCCUGAUCUGGUAAUUAGAGGUCUGGUCAUAGACAAAGAGAAAGGUAAUUUGGUUAAAGCUGAUCGAUUUGGUUAUAUAAAAAGAGCUAUGCAUGGCACUAGAAUGUUAUCUACUCGGGCUGUGAGUGAGAUGUAUGGGAGGGAACUGGUGGACCUGCGAAAGGAGAGUCGGUGGGAAUUUCUCAACACACUGUUCUCUGUGUCUGAAGCUGUGGCCUACAUGCAGAUGGUUGACAGAUUGGACGAUGGGACUAUACCAGCUGAUCUUUGCCCCCUUGAUUAUAAAGGGCUUUAUAAGGCUGUUGGAAAAGCUCUCUUCUGGGCGCAUGUUGAAGGUCGCCUUAAGAGUGAGAUCAUGUCUAAGCCAGAACAGUUUGUGGAGCCCGACCCAGAGUUACCAUUGGCACUUCUGGAUCAGAAGGAGGUAUUGCCUGUAAUGUGUUAUUGUUUGCAUAGACGUGAUGCUCUUUUACUACUUAGUCUUAGGUUUCUUCCCAAUGAUAUGGGUUGGCGAGAUUUAUUUGACAUUGUAAUUGUGUCAGCAAGAAAACCAGAGUUUUUCCAAACGUCACAUCCCAUGUAUGAAGUGGUGACUGGCGAGGGUCUGAUGAAACCUUGCUUCAAGGCUCAAACAGGUGGUUUGUACUCGGGGGGAAGUGCACAGAUGGUUGAAAAUUCUCUCAAUAUUCAUGGAGAUGAGAUACUGUAUGUUGGUGACCAUAUUUACACUGAUGUCAGUCAAUCCAAGGUCCAUUUGCGAUGGCGAACAGCAUUGAUUUGUCGAGAACUGGAAGACGAGUACAAUGCCCUCAUUGGGAGCCGGAUAUAUAGAGAAUCAUUGGUGGAACUUAUAAAUCAAAAGGAGGUUCUAGGGGAUCUCUUCAACCAACUUCGGCUGGCUCUACAAAGGCGGAGUCAUGACAGGCCUGCACAAACCCUUGCAGCAACUAAUAUGAAUGAUGAGGACCUUACUGAAAGCAUGCAAAAGCUAUUAAUCGUUAUGCAAAGGCUAGAUGAGAAAAUUGCUCCAAUGCUUGAGGCGGAUGGAGAGCUCUUCAAUUCAAGGUGGGGUUUUAUAUCCCGUGCUGGUCUCUGGGAUAAAAGUCACUUGAUGAGACAAAUUGAGAAGUAUGCUGAUAUUUAUACCUCUAGGGUGUCUAAUUUCUUAUAUUAUACACCCUUCAUGUAUUUCCGCUCCCAGGAACAGAACCUUGCGCAUGAUUCAUACUCACACUUAUGUUCACAAACUCGAUAUUAAGAUUUCUUCCUAGGGAGAAAUGGAGGUAAAAAUGGUGGAUAAAUAAGAGAAAUAAGAAUCUUCUGCUGUUGACAUUAUGAGCAUGUGUACUAUUCAUAACGAUAGCAAGCCCAUGAAGGACUUCAGCAGCAGUUUUCCCUUGGCCAAGUGGUGUUUAAGUUGGCCCCUAUGAUUGUAGGAGAGCCGCCCCAUGCAAAGGGUAAAAUAAAUUUGCUAGGGGGUUAUGUACUUAUGCUUCCAACUGAAUUCUUAUUCAGGCUUUAAUCUAUAUAUAUGGUGUAAUAUCCACAGCUUUGUGACUUGUGAGGAAUUGUUAUCCAAAUUUGUCUCCCUAUGGUUUUAAGUAAAUUAUAUUACUACCAUGAUGGAUGAUAGGUGUUGAGGAUUUCCUUUGUUAGUGACAUUGUCCUUUUCUCUUUGGGAGCA